UAGCAGACCCGGAACUUUGUGAUUGGUUCUUCAAGACUAUUAAGCAGAAGAAGAGAUACAAAUUAAUGGCUGGAAACAAUAAUAAUAUCGGUGGAUCUUUGAGGCAAAGUUUUUUGAGGCAGAGUUUUUUUACGAGGAAGGAAUUCUCAGAGCUCGGAAUCGGAGCCCAAGCUGCCGGUCAUCAGAAUGACCCACUUCCCACCGGAUGCUUCGGAUCCCUCCGCCGGAAUCUUGACGAUUUCUGGAACAAUGUUCGAGAGGCUUCCAUUAAAGCCUAUGAAAUGGGUCGGUCCGAUCCUAGAAAAGUCAUCUUUGCUGCUAAAAUGGGUUUGGCUCUCGCCUUCGUUUCAAUCCUUGUAUUCUUCAAGGAGGGUCUCAGUUUCAUCGGCCAGAAUUCAAUCUGGGCAAUCCUUACAGUCGUUGUUGUAUUUGAAUUCAGCAUCGGAGCAACGUUUAGUAAAGGAUUAAAUCGUGCUCUUGGGACAUUUUCUGCCGGAGCACUUGCUCUUGGCAUUGCUCAACUGUCUGUUUUAGCUGGAAAAUUUGAAGAAGUUAUCAUUAUCAUAAGCAUAUUUAUAGCAGGGUUUAUUUCUAGCUAUUUGAAACUGUAUCCUGCCAUGAAGCAAUAUGAAUAUGGAUUCAGGGUCUUCCUGUUGACUUAUUGUCUUGUACUAGUCUCUGGAACAUCACAUUUUUUCAGAACCGCAAUCAGCAGAUUGCUGUUAAUUGCGAUUGGGGCUGCCAUUUGUUUAGUUAUUAAUAUAUGCAUUUACCCAAUUUGGGCUGGGGAGGAUUUGCACAAACUUGUCGCCAAAAACUUCACCGGUGUUGCCACGUCCUUGGAAGGUUGUGUCAAUGGGUAUUUGGAUUGUAUGGAGUACACAAGAAUUCCUUCAAAAAUUCUUACCUACCAGGCUUCUGAUGAUCUUAUGUAUAGUGGAUAUAGAUCUGCUGUUCAAUCUACAAGUCAAGAGGAUGCUCUGUUGAGCUUUGCUGUGUGGGAACCGCCUCAUGGGCGCUACAAUAUGUUCAAUUAUCCUUGGGACUCAUAUGUCAAAGUUAGUGGCGCACUGAGACAUUGCGCGUUUAUGAUCAUGGCUAUGCAUGGAUGCAUUCUUUCAGAAAUUCAGGCCCCACAAGAUUUAAGGAGGAUCUUUCUGAAUCAGAUGCAGAAAGUUGGUAUUGAGGGGGCGAAAGUGCUGCGUGAACUUGGGAGUAAAGUAGAGAAGAUGGAAAAACUAAGCCCUGCUGGAGAUCUUCUUAACGAAGUACAUAAAGCCGCAGAGGAGCUCCAAAUGAUUGUAGAUGAAAAAUCGUACCUUCUUGUCAAUGCUACAACUUGGGAAGGUGUUAAGGGUUCCAAGGAAUUCGAUCAAGAUCCCAAUGCCCUUAAUGAAAAUAGACAGCCCAUAAUCCAUUCCCUUAGUCAAUUAGCACUCAAUCUUCGUUCGACCUCACAACUAAGGCCAAACAUAAGCACUUACCAAUCUUUUCUUCAAAUGGAUUCUUCGGAGGAUAUGUUAAACAAACAGAUGCAUUGGCCUUCGCGUUUAUCGAUUCUCGGGGAAACUAUACUUAAUGUGAGGGAAGUGAGGACGUAUGAAAGUGCAAGCGCGUUGUCGUUAGCAACUUUUACAUCAUUGUUGAUAGAAUUUGUGGCGAGACUUCAAAAUCUUGUGAAUGCGUUUGAAGAGCUAAGUCAAAAGGCGAAGUUUAAUGAGCCAUCUGCGUGAAAAGGGGGAAAUCCAUCAUCUUGAUUUCCUCAAUUGUGCUCUGUGUGAUUCGUUGAAAGAACUUUGUUUUGUUUAAUUGUGGAGGCAAAUGCUUCAGGUUGGGUGGCUGACAGUAAAUGAUGCGGAUCAAUCAGAGGGGCUUCAUUAUAAUUGGUUUAAUGGCAGUUGGGGGAAUAAAUUAUACAUUGAACUCUUUCUUUGCUUUAUUUAUUUAUUUAUAAGGUAUAAGAUUCAAUACCCUCUUAUUAUC